CAAAAGCAAAUCUACAAAUCUAUAUUAUAUAUACAUAUAUAAAAUAAUAUUUUUGUAUUAUACAAAUUCUUGUUAAAACUAAAGUACAAACGCGUUCUUUUCUACAAACAAAAUAUAUAUAUAAAAAUUAAAUAAUACAAAUUUCGAACACAAAAAUUUAAUUCAAAUCCAAGUCUGAAAAUUUACCAAAAAUUUAAUUAAACAAAAACAAAAACAAAACAAACAAAAAUCGAACCCUUACCGUGUGUGAGACAUUUUAAAAGUGUUAAAUAUAAAAUAUAGUUUAACUUUUGUUGUGACAAUAAAUCGAAAUUAUUUUUAUGUGCACGCGUUUCGAACAAAUUAAAAAAUUGUUUUGUGAAGUUUAAAAAACAAAUUUACAUCCAAAUACAUCAUCAUUAAAAAAUAUAUAAAUAAAAAUAAACUGAAUAAUAUAUACACGCGAUUUUAGUCCGCAAAACAAAACAAAUUAAUUUUUAAAAAUAAAAUAAAAUCAAUUCAUUUAUAACAUAGAGUGCUAGACAAAAAAAAAAAAAAACAUAAAUUUAAAUUAGUGGGUAACAGCAAACUUUUUACAAACAUACAAAAAUCCAAAAUAUAGUACAAAAUAUAAAAUACAACAAAUCUAACAAAAUUUUUUCUCUCAACAAAAAUAAACAAAAACUAACGCACUGUUAAUAUAUAUAUUAAAAUAAAUUAAAUAAUUCAAACAAAAUAUAUAUAGAAAUAAUAGUUUCCAGUUGAUACAAAAAAUAAUCACAAAUUAAACUUAAAACAAACAAAAUAACUACCAAACAAAUUUUAUUAAAAAAAAAAAACAAAUAUAUUAAAAUACAAAGUACCGUGUUCAGCAACCAAAACAACAAAUAUUUUAAAACCAAACUACAAAUCUCGUUAUAUAACUCAAAUAUAAGUUUCUAUGAACACAGUUCAAAUUAUUAAACAAAUAAAAAAUAUCGACUUUCCAUAAAUAAGCUUGAAAACGUUGUGUUUUUCAACCUUAUAUAAAAUCAACAACAACAACCACAAAAAAGUGAGAGUUCAAAGAGUUCAAAAUAUAAACAACAACAAAACAAAAAUAUUACAAAUUGUUAAUUACACAAAUUUUUUUCUCGUUAGAAAUUGUUAUUAAGAUUACAAAACAUUAAAAUACAAAAAUAAACAGAAGACAGCUACCUCAAAUUCGUACAAAAAAGCCAGAAAAUCUGUUUGCUCAUUUCUAAAAAAUCUAUAAUAACUCAAUCAUUAGAAAACAUCGUGUUCAAAAAUUUCCGAAACCAAAAACGAAUUCAAGUUCAAAAUUUUUAAUUUAUAUUUCGUCAAAGAACAGAAGACAGAAAACAACAAAAAAACGAUCGAAAUUGUUUUGUUUCGUUUUCUUUUUUUUUUAAUCUGAAAUAUAGAGUUAGCCAUGGUAGCGCAAUUUAACAACAAAGUUAAAUGGCGUCUUUAAUUGCACAAAACUCGAGUGGGAGUGUUGAAACGGGAGGGGCAGGUAAUCCGAACAGUUUGCACCACAAUCCUCACAAUACUCACUUGAAUAAUCUAAGUCAUUACACCAACAACGCGCACGCCUUUCACCCCCAACAACUUCAACAACAACCCCCACAACAUCACCAACAGCAACCGAAUAGCAUAUUAGUGGAUCAAAACAGUUGGGACUACUAUGCCAGGCAACAGCAGCACCAGGAGCAUCAAAACUCCCAACAACAACAACAACAGCAGCAGCAGCAACACCAACAGCAACAACAACAACAGAAUCAACAGUCACAGCAGCAGCAACAGCAGCAGCAACAACAACAAGAAGAUGAAUCGAAUUCAUCCAUAACAUCGGCGAAUAACGCCAACAGCAACUACACACGUCCUUGGGAAAUGGAGACCAAGGACAACAAAGGUUUUGAGCCCUUCUCAAAGCUGCCAUCAUUCCAAAGUCAAUUCCAUGGCUAUAAUGAAACGAAUGGUCUUAUGCCAGAUGGAACGGUGCUCUCACCGCCCCAGCCAGUGCCAGUAAUAAUAUCUCCGAGUAGUAACUCCCCAAGACAGGGUGGUCCACAACUCACUCAGUUGACGUCCAUAAACACUCUCCAACCGCCGCCACUACCGCCAUCCGCGACGGCGGCGGGCCUAAGUGCUCUUGCGACACCAAAUUUCCACACAUUGUCUACAGCCACAGCUGUCAACAGUCCGGGCAGGCCAUAUCCACUGGUGCCGGCACCAAUUCAAGCCCGCGACAUUACAACCAUGAACCAGCCAUACCUGGACGACAGGCACCUGCAGUUGUACCAGCCAAUAACGACCUUUCCCACGCAGAAUCUAGUGACUCUGAUAAAAAAGGAAACUUAUGAUCUCAAUACUGGCCUGGGCGGAGGCAGUCUAGUUGGCAAUGGAAUGCAUACACCAGCCUACGACAGCUCGAUGAUGAUAGAUGGCGUUGGAAAUAGCAUAAGCUACCAUCAUCCAAAUACGACACAGCACCAAGCUGUGACGGCGUCAACAGCGUCACCGACCAAAAUAAAGAAAGAGCUCGCCUUCGACAGUUCGAUGAUGUUGGAUGGCAGUGGGGUGGGCAAUAACGGUGGCUACCACCAUCCCAAUACGACCCAACAUCAAACAGUAACGGCGUCAACAACGACACCGAUCAAAAUAAAAAAAGAAUUGAAUUCACCAAUUGUGAGAGUUGACGCUCGGAAAAAGGAACGGCGGAAAAAUCGAGCGAGUUCACUGGAAUCCAGUGCCGAAUCAGAGAGCAGUGCAAUGGACGUGGAUCCGUCAAAUCCCGGUCAAGUGGACGCGGUAUCGAGUACGGCGAAUUUCAAAAGUCCUCUCAAUACAAUCGGCAUGAAUGAUUGUAGUGAAAUGAAUGGAUCAAAGGAGACCAAAAAGAAGCGAAAACGCUGUGGUGAAUGCAUCGGUUGUCAACGCAAAGACAACUGCGGUGAAUGUGCUCCAUGUCGAAAUGACAAAAGUCAUCAGAUAUGCAAGCAGCGUCGCUGUGAAAAGCUCACAGAGAAAAAGUUAAUUUACGGUACAGACGGCCAAGUCGUACGUGCAGAAUCACGUCGUGGACGUGGUAAAGGACGAGGUGCUAGUACUGGGACAAGAGGACGCAAACCUGGUGUAAGUGGUUCAGCAAAAUUGAAUAAACUCAAUUCAGCUAUAUCACCGAGAAAUCAACAACAACAACAAACGACAUUAGCCCUUAGUCCAGCACCAGCAACAGUUUUGCCACAUCCAUCACCAAAUACAACAACAGGAUCGAAUCCUUUAAGUUUGGGUGGUGCUAAUAAUAUAACAUCUAUAACGGUUCAAAUUCAAAAUCAACAACAACAACAACAGCAGCAGCAACAACACCAGCAGCAGCAGCCACAACAUCAACAACAACCACAACAUCAACAACAACAACAACAUCCACAACAUCAUCAACAACAACAAGCUGUACAAUCAUCACAGCAACAAGUUCACCAACAAUCCCAUCAAAUAUCAGCACAAAUACACAACAUGAAGGAUCAACCACAACAACCUAUGGCUCCUAUGGCCUUUUAUCCAACUUGGCAGACAGAUCCAUCACAAGGUUGGCAAAAUCAAUUUAUACAACAAAUUCCACAAAAUAGUCCGGCUAUAACGUCGCUCAAUUCGCUGGAAUUCCAACCACAAAGCUAUUCAUACCAACCGCCUAAUGGAUAUGUUCAAACAGGCCUCGGAUUCGAUCCGAAUUAUGGGAGAACGUACGCCGCUCCGGUGCAACGUUAUGAAUUCCAAACGCAGCAAAUCUCUUCGCCAAUCAAUCAAGUAUCAUUGCAGAGUGUGAGUUUUGCUCCGACCGUCACUUAUGCCGGUCAAGUGUCAACGGCUCCAGCUCCACCACCGGUUGUUUUGUCGAAUUCAUCGGCAGCAGCAGCGCAACAACAUCAAUUGCAAGUGGGAGCAGCAUCUGAUUUGAAUAAGACCAUGUCGGGAAACGACACGCCUGGAUAUCCGCGGGUGAGCAGCGUACCGCCGCGCUCACUCAAUUGUAACGGGUAUUCAGGCGACUUUAGCGGUAAUCAAGCAACUGGAUCCCAGACAGUAGCACAACAAUCAUCAGGAGCAGGAAGUGGCGCUAGUGCAACAUCUGGCCAACAACAGAGCUCCAACUCAAACGCACAGCAAACGCAACAACAGUCAUCUUCCCCCAUGCAUCCGCCAUCAGCACAAAGCUCCCAAAAUCAACAGCAGCAAUCUUCUCAACAAGUUCCGCAAUCGCCAACCCGGGGGCACAUGCAGCAGCAGCAACAGCAACAACAACAGCAACGACAUGUCUCUCAGUCCCCCAAUCAUGUUCCUCAAUCGCCCAGCAAUCACAGCAGCAGCAGCAACUCCAGUAACAUGCAACAGUACCCAAUUCCACCAUCCCCAAAUCAUAAUUCUCAGCAGAUGUUACACGCUCCUCAUCAGGGGAUGCACACGCCCAAUCAGCAGCAAGCUCAACCCAAUCACAUCUCCUCGCCCAGUCAUGCUCAAAUGUCCCAAGACUGGAACUGGAAUAACCCAAACCAACAACAACCCGGUGCUCCAGGCGAAAUGUUUAACCAAGCGGAACGCGUCAACUUGAACACUCGAAUAAAAUCGAUGAUACUGCGGAAGAACGACCCUAAAGACAUCGGACAAGGUGCUGAUGUCCAAAUGCAGCCACCGACUGGCCCAUCUGCCACGCAUGGUCAGUCCCAAAACCAGACCGGUCAUUUUUUAUCGUAUAGCCACCAUCUCCGAGGCGAUUCAGCAUUGAACGCCAGCGGUUCCAGUGUGCCACAGCAGCAGCAACAGCAAACGCACCAGCAACCAUCAGCGUCAGCAGCUGCGGCUAGUGCAUCACUAGCAGAACCACACGGAGGUGGUGGCGAUCAAAUUUGGAAGCCGCAAGGUCAUUCAUUCAAGAAACCACCUAGCAGCUUCCAAAACUCAGAUCAACCGCAUCAUCAACCACAACACCAUACAACGUCGCAUAGCAGUAAGUCGAAAAAGAAGAGCCACAGUGCGGCCGAUGUGGAGAAGAAUAGCAACGAUCCCGGAGGGGGUAGUAGUCUGCAACACCAUCACUCGCACUCUCACUCCCAACAGCACGGCCAUCACCAUCAGAGAGGAUCACCUCAUCACCAGGUCGACAUAAAAACAGAAAAGUCUAGCUACCCGCCAAUGUCGGGCUAUGGCCACCAUCCUGAUCCGAAUUCAUGCUAUCCCGGAAUGAACCCGCAAGGGCAGUAUCCGAUGAUAAAGCAGGAACCUGGACUCAUGCCACCGCAGAGCAACAAAAUGGAGGGAUACGAGCGCAACUAUCAGAACUUUAUCCAAUACGCUGACUACUGCCAAAAUGAGGUGCAACCCGCUGGAGGAACCAAUUCCUCCCACCAGCAGCAGCAACAACAGCAACAGCAGCACCAGCAGCAGCAACAGCAGCACCAACAAGACUAUCAGCAGCAGCACGGUUAUCAGAACCCUGCCGCUUCCUACUACGGUGCAGGGUACCAGCAUCAGAACAACUAUCAGCAGAACUUUUCACCCAGCUAUCAGCACCCGCCACCGCCAUUGCCACCACACUCGUCGUCAACAUCAACACCGUCUUCCUUUGGCUGUCCGCCAUCUUCCAAUUCGACGAAAUCUUCCAGUUCGAGCUCGAAAAGGGGCCACAGUCUAGUGGAUUUGGAUCGGAAACACGACCCAAGUAAUAAUCUUUCGAUGCCGAUGAACUACGAGAAGGAGAUCCCCGCACAUGCAUAUCCCAUUCCUCCGAAUCGAUAUUCCAUGAUGCAGGCCGCCGAUAAGGCUGCCGAGCUUCACGCCAGCGAAGAUGUGGACAAAAUUACCGGUUAUCCGUUCCUAGGCGAGGGUGGCCCAGCGGCAAUAAAAAAUAUCAUCGGAUUCUCAUGCUGCCGGCAAGGAGGUACGCGCGUACCAACAAUAGAACAUCUGAAAGAUGGCUCUUGCAUGGGCUUGCAAACAAAGGAUGAAAUCCUGGACGAUGACGAAGAAGAGACUGACGAAAAUGGUGAGCCCAAGGCUCCAGGCAGCAAGAAGAAAAAUGCAAGCGACGACGGAACCAGUGAGGAAUCCAUGUCGGCACCAGCUGAAGUGGUUGUGAAAAGAGAAACCAUCAAUCCGAUGUAUGACACAACGGAUCGAUUGGAAAAGGGCAACAAGGCUGAAAUACCAGAGUGUGAUUGCUUCUCAUCGGAUAAAAAUCCACCAGAACCUGGAAGCUAUUACACACAUUUAGGAUCUUCGGCGACUUUGUCUGAAUUGCGCAAGGAGAUCGAAGACCGUUGUGGUAUUUCUGGACGACAGCUACGAAUUGAAAAGAUUGUGUAUACCGGAAAAGAGGGCAAAACGACGCAAGGUUGUCCUGUGGCCAAGUGGAUAAUUCGAAGAGCGGAUCCUGAAGAAAAAAUUCUUGUUGUUGUUAAGAAACGUCAAGGCCACAAAUGCCCUGCAGCGUUUAUUGUUGUCGCAAUGGUAGCCUGGGAUGGUAUGCCCCGACAGGAAGCUGAUAACGCGUAUAAGAAUCUUAUUGGCAAGCUUAAUAAGUAUGGUCUGCCCACAACACGUCGUUGUGCCACCAACGAAAACCGCACCUGCGCCUGCCAAGGUCUUGAUCCAGAAACAUCAGGUGCAUCCUAUAGCUUUGGUUGUUCAUGGUCUAUGUACUACAAUGGAUGCAAAUACGCACGCUCCAAGACCGUUCGUAAAUUCCGUCUCUCAGUGAAAAACGAAGAGAGUGCCAUCGAAGAUCACAUGAACCUGUUGGCCACAGUGUUGGCACCACUUUUCAAACAAAUAGCACCACGUUCCUAUGACAAUCAAACAAAGUAUGAAAAAGAAGCGCCUGACUGUCGACUCGGUUUAAAACCGGGAAAACCGUUUUCGGGUGUGACAGCUUGUCUGGAUUUUUGUGCACAUGCUCAUAGAGAUUUGCACAACAUGCAAGACGGCUGUACGGUACAAGUUGCUUUGCUGAAACCAUCGAAUCGUGAUGGACGACAACCGGACGACGAACAAUUUCAUGUAUUACCGCUGUACACUAUGGAUGCAACGGAUGAAUUUGAUAGCGCCGAAGGUCAGAAGGAGAAACACCGCACUGGUGCUGUUCAAGUCCUCGACAAGUAUCCUUGUGAAGUGAGAGUACGAUCCACACCCCUUGUUCCAUGUCGAAGGCAUGGUAAGAAACGCAAGGAUGGCGAAGAAGUGGUCGAGGGUGCUGCUGCAGCUGUAACUCCUCAACAGACAACACCUGCGCCACCACCAGUGACGCCAAAUCCACCACCGCCAACAAAGAAGGAGUCCAGUAAAUCUAGAUCGAAAGCAAAGCAAAACCAACAGGCUCAACAAAACCAGCAGUUGAAUCCACCGUCAACACCAUCGGUGCCACCAUCCACGCCCUCACCACGGUGUCAGACCCCAGUUACAAACAAUCCCAGUCCGGCGGGGAGUGCGUUCUCCACGCCACCUGUCAAUAACGGUCAUAACGGAGGCAAUAACAACCUAAUGUCGUCCAAUUCGAGCCUUAUGAAUAUGGCCACUAUGAUUGACACCUUCACUGAUGCCCAGCUACAGUCGAAUCAGAUCUCAAGCACCGUCUUGGAUUCGCCCUACUCAUAUGACUAUCAAACGGGUUCCUAUAUUGACUCACGCAACUACUAUGGCAACUGGCCUCCACCACCAUCUGCUCAUCCCGCCGGAACUCCACACGCAGUGGCCGCACAACAUCCCGCCACUCAACAUCCUGUGACUCAGCAUCCGGCGGCUCAACAUCCUGUUGCUCAACAACAUCCGGUGGCAACUAAUUUGUCAACGCCACCAAAUCCCCCAAUAACUCCCACCACACCAAAUAGUCACCAUCAUCAAGCUCCUCUCCCGCCAGCGCCGACAGCUGUACAGCAUCACGACGGCUAUGGCAACUUUAACAGUCAUCUUCCGCCAGUCGGCAAUCAGCUGACCCAGCUCCAAGAUGUCCGUGGAGAUGUAAAGAGUCGUGGAGGAAGUGAGGAGAAUCCCGAUUCAACUACAAUUGUGAACAACUUGAGUGAGAGCAGUAAAUUAACGCCUUUGACUCCAAUCACAAACUUGGGGCCUCCGCCUCUGGAAGAAGGCUUUGUCAAGCCAAAGCCACCGCCUGACUAUCAAUACUCCCAGUAUCCGAAUAACUACCAAAUGUAUCCACCACCACCCCCUACGUACUCGCCGUACGAUGCUUACAACAACAUGAACUACAACUACGGCUACCAUCACCAGCCGUACUCGCCGUACAGUAUGUACCCGCAGCAAACGCCUCCCCCAACGCCACCACCGCCGUCACCCAACUGGAACAUGUAUCCGCCGUCCACGUCGACGCAACAUCCCCUACCACCACAUGCAGCUGCCGCCGCCGCAAUGCACCAUCAGCAAGCGGCCUAUACACCAACAGCACUGCCACCAGUGACACACAAUCCACACACACAUCAUCAACAAGCUUCCCUGCCGCCUCAACAGCAGCAACAUCCACACCACCAUCAUUUGCAGUCGUUGGCACAGUCCCCGCUGCACCAUCAUCAGCAGCAAGCACCUUCCCAACAACAACACCAGCAGCAUCAAACACCUUCAGCUGCACAAUCGAAGCAUUCUCAGAAUCCACAACAACAACAGCAGCAACAGCCGCAGAUGGUAACACCCCCACUGCAGCAACCGCCACCAGUUCAACAGGCGGCACCUCAAACCGAUCUGUCGCCUCCACCAAAUGUCAACGGUGGCGGAGCCACAGUGAAAGCCGAACCAAUUGGCGAAGUAACAGAGAUCAAUGAGAACCUCGAAGCAUUCCAAGAUCCACAAAUGGGUGGCGUUGCGAUCGCUCUUAACCACGGCAGUGUUCUCAUUGAAUGUGCCAAACACGAGAUGCAUUCCACAACGGCUGUCAAACGACCCAAUCGUCACCAUCCCACACGCAUGACUUUGAUCUUCUACCAGCAUCGCAAUCUCAAUCGCACCCGCCACGGCAUUGACGAGUGGGAAGAAAAAAUGAGGGUGAAGAAGAUCAACACUGAAGCCGAUGCAAAAGCCAAAGAAGAAGGCCAAACUAAAAUCAAAAAGGAACCUUUGGACGAAGACGAGCUCGACGAGCUAGGCGAAUGCAGUGGUGGCGCUAGUGGUGGAAGCAGUUCCAACCGCAAGGAAGGCAGCAGUACCAAAAGCGACGGUCAUCAGCAAGAAGCAAAGCGUAAUAAAAAAGACGGAAGCGACAGCAAGGCAAAAAAAAACUCCAACUCAAACAAUCACGAGCAGUCAAAAAACGAGAAAAUGGUCCUCCGUGCACCGACCCUAACAACUACUUCGUGGACAACUUUAUUCCCCAUGCAUCCAUGUGUGGUAACUGGGCCCUACCAAGAGGGCAACAGUAGUCCAUCAUCAACAACGGCCUCAUCGCAGGCCUAGGUGUCGGAGGGCUGUAUAAUUUCGCCUCUAUAUGAUUUAAAAUAACGAAGAAAAAAAAUGGAAUAAAAGGAAAUAUACAAACCUUAAGAACUUACAUUAUAUAACUCUGCUCAAUGAUUGUGAUUAAAAAACUUUAAAAAAAAAAAACGAAAAAUAAAACAAAACGCAAAUAUCUGCGCUGUGCCAUAAAACUUGAAAAAUUGAAAUAUUGUUGAAUAUAAUUCGCAAAAAGAUCACGCAUCAUCAUCUUCACAUCGCAAUGACUCUCUCUCUCUAUAUGUAUCACAAAACAUACGAUCCACAACCUUAUAAAAACCAAGUUGUUGUAGUUUUAUUUUAUUAUCUCAAUAUUAAGUUGCAUUCAUCUCUCAGUUUAUAUUUUUUAGAAAACGAAAAUUAAUGAAAACAAACAUCGUUGCCAAAAGUACAAAAAAUAAUUAAAAAAAAUAAAACAAACCGAACUACAAUUAGUUUCUCAGUAAAGAUAAAAUGGGGGGAAAUAUAAAAACCUCCCUUUUUUUCAUAAACAAAAAUAAAAUAAAAUACAAAACACCAACUAAAUCAACUACAAAAACAAAAUAAACUAAAAAACAAAAGCUGCUAGGUUAGUUUUUACUACACACGAACAUCCAUCAUUUUAUAUUAAAGUAAAACAAACAAAAACAAAUAUUUUUAAUGUCAAAAGUUAAAUAGAAUACCACUUUUUUAAAGUUUUUAAGUUCGUUCUUUGCUUUUAAUUAAACUUGCCGAGAUUUUGUGAAUUAAAAGCAGAAAACAAACAAAACUACGCCAUGUAUCUUAUAAAACAAAACAAAUACAACAAAAACUACAUCCCUUCGGAUAAAUUCUCACCCUUAAUGAGAUGUUAAUAAAACAUUACACAUUUCGUUAACGAUGAGAAUUUAAAAACUAAAAUACUUUAAAAAAUCAUAGGUGAUUUUCUUUUAAUUUUAAGAAACUACUCGUAGAAUUAUUACUAAAUAUAAUUAAAGAAAAAGAAAUAAACAAAAAUGAAUUGUUUAAAUUAUAAAAAAUAUCGAAGACAUUAGAUCGUUUUAGUUGCUUUUUCUUCUAUUUUAAUUUAAUGUUAGGUGUUUCUUUUUUUUUUGUUUAAUUUAAACUAAAAUUGCAAACACAAUUUUUAUAAGAAACAAAAAAUAAAACAAAUAAAAACUAUAUGCAGACAUUAUUGUGGAUCAAAGAAAGACUCGAAACCAAGAAGUAUUAAUUAAAAAAAGAAUGAAUUAAAGUUAAAUGAUAUGAAAAAAAAAAUA